AGAGAGGAUCCAACCAUGGCUGGCGGCAGCAACGAGAACCUGAACGGACACGGACACGAGCACGGGCACGAGCACGGUCAUGGACAUGAACAUGGGCACACGCACGAGCACCUGGACAACCCUGGGACCUUCGAGGAUCGGGAGAAGCCGAUCAAACCCAACCAAGGGCGAGACUGGGAGGAAAGAGCCUUCACUGUUGGUAUCGGUGGGCCAGUUGGCAGCGGGAAGACGGCUCUUGUGUUGUCCCUCUGCCGCCACCUGAGGGAUAAGUACAGCCUUGCUGUUGUGACCAACGACAUCUUCACCAAGGAAGACUGUGAAUUCUUGACGAGGAACGAGGCGUUGGAAGCCGAGAGAAUCUCGUUUCUAGAGACGGGAGGCUGCCCCCAUGCGGCCAUCCGGGAGGAUAUCUCAGGAAACAUGGUGAAGCUUGAGGAGCUGUCAGCAAAGUUCCAUCCUGACCUUCUGUUCCUCGAGUCAGGAGGAGACAACUUGGCCGCCAACUUCAGCAGGGAGCUAAGUGACUUCACCAUCUACGUUGUCGACGUGGCCGGAGGUGACAAGGUGCCAAGGAAGGGAGGGCCCGGAGUGACGCAGUCCGACUUGCUCGUCAUCAACAAGACAGACCUUGCAGAGGCUGUUGGUGCUGAUCUCAAGGUUAUGGAUCGCGAUGCAAAGAAGAUGCGAGGGGAUGGCCCGACGGUCUUCGCGCAAGUGAAGAACAUGGUGGGAGUUGCCGACAUCGCGGACUACAUCUUCAAAGCGAGGGAAGCAGCUGGGGUUCCUCCGUGCUCCAAGAAGCCCAAGACAGCCGACUGA